AUUAUUUCUGAAAUUGUAGAUUCAGCUCGAGGAGGCCUAUGCAGUAGCUUACGAGGAGUAUCUCGAGAAGAUUAAGGAGCAUGACCUUGUGAAAGAUGCCUAUGUCCAGUGGACGAGCAACCAGAUGGCGAGUUUCACUCGGUUCAUGAUGACUGGAGUGCGAGAGGAACCACUCCCAGAGCCACCUCAUCCGGGGCCGACGCCAGUGUUCCCGUCCAAGGAGGAGUUCUAUAUCAUGUACAAGCGUCAGCGUCAGUUGACCCCGGGAUUGGGAGAAUCCGGGAACGACACUCCUUGUGGUACGCCGAUGCACCCCGGUCACCAUUCUCCUGGUGCUUCUGCCGAACCUCGGCAUGGUUCUGCUUCCGGUGGCUCUCGUCGUGGUUCUACCUCCCCGAGCACCGUCGAAGUAGUGCGGCCUCGCUUCACCCAGUCGGAGCUAGAUCAGUACUCGGGUCCGCCGGGUGGUGCACCACCAUAGUUUCUACAUUGUACUAGCACAUGAUGACACGCUCCAUCUUUGUAGUGGAUCCCGUGUAUGUACCAUGGUCUUGUAUGCUAUAUUUG